AUGUCGCAUUUAUUUCACGCAAUUGGGCAUGAGUAUUCCUAUUUUGACAAAAAGAAUUAUUCUAGAGAUGAUUGGAUAAUUAAGAUUAGCAAAUCUACAACCGUUUAUGUCGGGAAUCUCUCUUUCUUCACAACAGAAGAAAUAAUUAACGAAACUUUUAGUUUAUGCGGGCCAAUAAAGGCUAUUUAUAUGGGUUUGAAUCAUCAAACAAUGCAACCAUGUGGCUUCUGUUUUGUGCAGUUUUAUAGACAUGCAGAUGCUUUAGCUGCUGUGACAUUUCUAAAUCGUUCAUUUUGUGAUGGAAGAGAGAUACGUGUUGAUUGGGAUUCUGGAGAAGAUAUCUCAGGUAGCAGAAGGUAUGGACGUGGAAAUACAGGAUUUCAGUGGCGUGAUGAGCUAAGAACUCAAAUAGAUCUCGAUCGUCAACUUGAUGGAGUUGAGACAACUACUUAUUCUAAGAAUUAUAAAUUUUCCCACGGAAUUAAUUUGAGUUAUCAAAAAAGAAGCCAGGGUGGAAAAGGAAGGAAUUAUUGUGGUAUAUUUAAUAGUUCACAUCAUAGUAGGUAUAAUAAACAUAAAUAUCAAGCAUCUGAACAAUUGAAAAAUGGAAACGGAUCUCAUAAUUAUCCAGAUUAUUGA